CUCGGGCGGUUUGCUCCAGUACCCUGGUAGCUCCAAAUAUGACCAACGUCUCUUCCGACCGCAAGCUGCGCUAUUGUGCUCUACAGUACCUCGAACCAAACAGGUUGACCCGGAAGAAGACAGCGGAAAUAUGACAGAUGUCAACAAACCACCAAUUUGAACGAAUUUCUUCAUGAAAUAAUCCGCAGGUGAGGACCUAAGGGUAAUUGAAUACUGUGCAGUAUCUGCUAGGAGGGCCACCAUGCCGUACCUGGGCGGCGAGGAGACAGUGAGGGAGUUGAGGAGAGCUCUGUCCAACCCUCACAUUCAAACUGACCACCUUCGGUACAGAAACACUAUUCACAGAGUUAUCAGGUUGAUGUCUCAGGGAGUGGAUGUAUCCGGUUUAUUCAGUGAGAUGGUGAAGGCCUGUGCAACGGGGGAUAUUGUCCAGAAGAAACUGGUCUAUGUAUUCUUGUGUUCAUAUGCUAGUGUUAAUCCUGAGCUGUCUCUGCUGGUGAUUAACACCCUCAGGAAGGACUGCUCUGAUCCCAACCCCAUGGUCCGAAGUCUUGCGCUGAGAAACAUGUGCAAUCUCCGGCUCCCAGGUCUAUGUGAAUAUGUGGAACAGCCUCUAACAGCUGGUCUGAAGGACAAGGCGGCGUGUGUUCGCAGAGUGGCGGUACUGGGUUGGGCCAAAAUACAUGCACUUCUGCCCAACACUGAGAUAGAUGCAGCAGUAGUGAAUGAGCUGUAUGGGUUGCUAAGGGACCCAGAUCCUGUUGUUAUGGUGAACUGUCUCCGGGCCCUGGAGGAGAUUCUGGAGGAGGAAGGGGGUGUGGCCAUCAACAAACCUAUUGCGCACCACCUUCUCAAUAGACUAAAGGAGUGUGAUGUUUGGGGUCAGUCUGAGGUGCUUUCAGUCCUUCAGCGAUAUCGGCCACGCAGUGAAGAUGAGCUGUUCGACAUCCUGUCUCUGUUAGACCCCGCCCUCCUCUCUCACCACGUCCCCAUCAUGGCCGCUACACUCCGCCUCUUCCUGAGUCUGUGUUCCAUGCUGCCUGCCGUGUGCGUGUCUGCUCUGGAGAGAGCUAGGGGACCUCUGUUGGCAGCCGCUGGCAGCUCCUCCCGGGAACUACGCUACGCUGCUCUUUGUCACAUUCAGCUGCUGCUGCGGUCUGAGCCGGGUCUGAUGGGGGAACACUACAAACGCUUCUACUGUGGCUACGCUGAACCCCCUUACAUCAAACAGAGCAAGAUACAGGUCCUGGUUGAGUUGGUGAAUGAUGACAACGUAGCCGUGGUUCUGGACGAGUUAAAGGGAUACUGUACUGAUGUCAACACUGAGACCUCACAGGCUGCCAUCAAUGCUAUAGAGUGUUUCCCAGCAGGAAGGAUAGGAGAGAUCAGGCCAGUCACCAGAGAAACACACGGUAGUAUUGGGAGGAGUUACGAUGACAGAUGUCUAGGUAUUCUGACUGGACUACUGGAACUGAAACAGGAACACAUCACAUCUGCAGUGCUUCAGACCCUGAGGGACUUGGUCUGGGUGAGUCCUCAGUAUGGAGACGCUGUGUGUUCAGCUCUGGAAAAAUGGGAAGACCAAUUACAGGACACUCAGGGUCGUGGGGCCUUGCUGUGGCUGCUGGGGGUCUAUGGGGACAGGUUGAGUGGCGCCCCCUAUAUCCUGGAGGACUUCAUCGAUGGUGUGAGGAGCGAGGUGUCAGCAGAAGUCAAGACAGAGCUGCUCACUGCAACACUGAGGGUUUUUCUGUCUCGGCCUGCUGAGACUCAGGACAUGAUGGGACGACUGCUGCAGCACUGCAUAGAGGAGGAGCUGGACAUGUGUGUACGUGACCAGGCCCUGCUGUACUACCGGCUGUUGCAUUGUGGGAUUGAGGAUGUGCGUCGAGUCCUCCAGUGUGGGCGGCGCUCAGACCUUUCUCUGGGCCCUCUUAUUGGUCGGCCCCCUGAGCCCAUCAGCCAAUGGGCUUCCAUCUUCAAUACCUUGGAGCCUCUAAUGCUCGGAGCCUCUUCUGCCGGGAACUCUGACCCUUCAACCUUGACCCCCUACACCCUGACAUCUCACUCUGAACCCAUGACCUCUGACCCCCAUCUUAUGACACCCAAGCUCAAAGACCCUGACCUCACAGCUCCAGCCUGCAGCGGUCAGUGUCUGAGUCUGUCAUCUACUCUGAGCCCUGAGGAGUUUGAACGGCUGUGGCUCCAGACAGAAAAAGGGGAGUUUCUGGAGGCGUAUGUGAUGUGUCCCGUUCCUCGCUGUUCCCCUGAGAGCCUGCAGGUGGCACUACAACUCGUCAACAUCCAGACGCUGGCCUUCACGGCCCCAAACAAACUACCCUGGAAAAUGUACCUUUACACACACUCUUCACACACCCUGACCCCACACAGUUCUACAACACCACCCAACACACUCAUACUGGCAGAGGUACUACAGGCUGGAGGAGAUGGAGUGAAGAAAGUAAAGGAGGAGCUCAUUGAAGACCAGGAGAAUGAAAGAGAAGAGAGCGUGAAAGAGGGGGAGGGAGGAGAGGAGAGAAGGGGAGAGAUGAGCGGGGGUGUGGGAGGAGAGGAUGGAGGAAAAGGAGAAUUGUUAGUGAGGAUGAGACAGUAUACAGGAGAAAAGACAACUCUAACAGAGUUCCUGUCUGUCCUUACUACUGUCCUAAACGCACAACACACAGCCUAGACCUACAACACACACACAGCCUAGACCUACAACACACACACACAGCCUAAACCUAUAACACACACACAGCCUAGACCUACA